GUUAAAAACCCCAACUGCAGUAUCCCCAUUUCUUUGCUCUCCCUUCCACAACUCUUCUUCUUCUUCUUCUUCUGCUGAGGAAAUAAGGAAAAAUCCCUAAUUUAUUGACUAAACACCCUAAUUGCUUAUCGAAUCUGCUAUGGACGGCGAAGCACAACCUUCCACUUCGGCUUUCUCUUUUAUAUCUAAAGGAUGGCGCGAGGUCCGUGAUUCGGCUGACGCGGAUCUUCAACUUAUGCGGGCCAGAGCUAACUCUUUUAAGAAUCUAGCUAACUCGUUUGAUAGAGAGAUCGAGAAUUUCAUCAACUCUGCGUCCACUUCCUUCUCUGUAGGUUCGUUUAGGUCAUCCACGGCAGCGGAAAUUGAUUUCGUGAAGAAAUUGCAGCCGAAAAUAUCGGAAUUUCGGAGGGUUUACUCAGCGCCGGAGAUUAGCAAGAAAGUAUUGGAGAAGUGGGGACCGAGGGCGACUCUUGGGAUUGAUUUGUCGGCUAUAAGGAAUGCAAUAGUGGCUGAGGCGGAGGAUGGGGAUAGAAAUGGAACUGUGGAGUUUGAUAGGGUUAGAAGAUGGAGGAGGCCUGUUAGAUUUAGGGAGUUUUGGGGGGAUUCGAAAGAGGAGGGGGGUCAGUUUGAGGAAUGGGAACCCAUAAGGGCGUUCAAGAAGAGGUUGAGGCAGUUGGAGAAGAAGAGUGAGUCCGUGGAGAUUUUUGGGGGCUUGAAGAAUAAUGAGUUUGUGGAGAAAUUGAAGUCUAGCUUGAAAGCAAUCCGGGAGCCUCAAGAGACAAAGGAAGUACCACCACUGGAUGUACCGGAAUUGUUGGCGUAUUUUGUUAGGCAGUCAGGGCCAUUUUUGGAUCAACUUGGUGUUAGAAGAGAUAUAUGUGACAAGAUAGUUGAAAGCUUGUGCAGUAAACGUAAGAAUCAAAUUUUACUUCGGUCACUUUCUACAGGAGAAUCCUCCUUAUUGGAUAAUGAGAAUGUGAACGAUGAACUGGAUUUAAGGAUAGCAAGUGUCCUUCAAAGUACAGGACAUAGCUAUGAUGGUGGCUUGUGGACUGAUAUAUCAAAUCAUAACCCAACAGAUGGGAAGAGGCAUGUUGCCAUUGUCACAACUGCUAGUCUUCCGUGGAUGACUGGCACAGCUGUAAAUCCACUUUUUCGAGCUGCGUAUCUAUCAAAGUCUGAAAAACAAAAGGUCACUUUGUUGGUUCCUUGGCUUUGCCAGUCCGAUCAAGAACUAGUUUAUCCCAACAAUCUCACUUUUAGUUCACCAGAAGAGCAGGAGAAUUAUAUCCGGACUUGGCUUGAGGAUAGGAUUGGCUUUAAGGCUGAUUUUAAAAUCUCUUUCUAUCCAGGAAAGUUCUCAAAAUCACGGAGAAGCAUAAUUCCAGCUGGAGAUACUUCUCAGUUUAUUCCGUCGAAGGACGCUGACAUUGCUAUCUUGGAAGAACCAGAACAUCUGAAUUGGUAUCACCAUGGUAAGCGCUGGACUGAUAAGUUCAACCAUGUUGUAGGUGUUGUCCACACAAAUUACCUAGAAUACAUCAAGAGGGAAAGGAAUGGGGCUCUCCAAGCUUUCUUUGUAAAACACAUAAACAAUUGGGUUACCCGAGCAUACUGUCACAAGGUUCUUCGCCUUUCUGCUGCCACUCAGGAUUUACCCAAAUCUGUGAUUUGCAAUGUUCAUGGUGUUAAUCCAAAGUUUCUGAAAAUUGGAGAAAAGGUUGCUGCAGAAAGAGAACUUGGGCAGCAGGCCUUCUCAAAAGGAGCAUAUUUCCUUGGCAAGAUGGUCUGGGCUAAGGGAUAUAAGGAGUUGAUAGAUUUGCUAUCAAAGCACAAAAAUGAGCUUGAUGGAUUCAAAUUGGAUGUAUUUGGAAAUGGAGAGGAUGCACAUGAAGUUCAGAUUGCAGCUAAAAAGUUCGAUUUGAAUGUCAACUUUCUGAAAGGGCGAGAUCAUGCAGAUGAUUCUCUUCAUGGGUACAAAGUUUUCAUAAAUCCUAGUGUGAGCGAUGUACUCUGCACAGCUACUGCUGAGGCACUUGCGAUGGGGAAAUUUGUUGUAUGUGCAGAUCACCCAUCAAAUGAGUUCUUUAGGUCAUUUCCAAACUGUUUAACUUACAAGUCAUCUGAGGACUUUGUUUCAAAAGUGAAGGAAGCAUUAGCAAAUGAGCCGCAACCUCUUACUCCAGAGCAAAGAUAUCAUCUCUCAUGGGAGGCUGCUACACAGAGAUUCAUACAAUAUUCUGAACUUGACAAGGUCUUGAACAAUGACAAGGGUGAUUCCGAAUUGGGCAAAAAUAAUGGAAAGAGGAUUUUGAAAUCUGCUUCCUUGCCUAAUAUGUGUGAGAUGGUUGAUGGGGGGUUGGCGUUCGCCCAUUAUUGCCUCACGGGGAAUGAGUUCCUGAGACUGUGUACUGGAGCAAUACCCGGGACACGGGACUAUGACAGGCAGCAUUGUAAAGACCUGCAUCUCUUACCUCCACAAGUAGAAAAUCCCAUCUAUGGCUGGUAAGUAGUUAAUACCAGCACCUAUUAGUUAUCAAUAACCUUUUGUAUAAUAUUCACGCACUGUAUUUAGAAGCUUGCUAGGCUUAUUAGCUGGAAGGAAAAAGUUUUCCCUUUUUAUUCUAAAAUAUUUGUCUCUGAAUAUAGAUUUAGGCAGCACCAUCCAAAUUUUGUUGUUUCUUCUUGUUCAUAGGUACGAAUAAAUGCCAAAGUUCAGCAUAUUAUAGUGGAAGUAAACUAUAAGUGUGAGCUAUA